AUGACGCUGCUUGGGGAAAAUUUCUGUGCCCAGGGGCCCCCACCGCGGGGGGAGACCCCCAGGACGUGGAGGGGGCUCUCCGGGGAAGAGCAGCUCCAACUUGGCUGGGUGCGGAGCCGGCUGAGCCGCCUCGGGGCCUGGGGGUCAGCACAGGGGACCCCCCGGGGGGGGCAGGUGUCCCCCAAAAGCCCGAGUGCUCCUGGACAGCCUGUGUCAGGGUGGGCGCAGCGCCUGUGCUCCGCGGCACGCGGAGACACCAUCUUCGCCGUCUCCUCGGGACACGGGCGGUGCGGGGUGGCCGUCAUCCGCACCAGCGGGCCCGGCAGCCGCGGGGCCCUGCGGAGCCUCACCGGGCACCCCGAGCUGCCCCCGCCCCGCGUCCUGGCCCUGCGGCGCAUCCGCGACCCCGCCACCGCCGAGCCCCUGGACCGCGGCCUCGUCGUCUGGUUCCCAGGUCCCAAGAGCUUCACUGGGGAGGACUGUGCCGAGCUGCAUGUGCACGGCGGGCCGGCGGUGGUGAGCGGGGUGCUGCGGGCGCUGGGGCGCCUGCCCGGGUUGCGUCCCGCCGAGCCCGGGGAGUUCACGCGCCGAGCCUUCCGCCGCGGGAAACUGGACCUGACGGCGGCCGAGGGGCUGGGGGACCUGAUCCGGGCGGAGACGGAGGCCCAGCGGCGGCAAGCGCUGCGGCAGAUGGAGGGCGAGCUGGGCCGGCUCUACCAGCGCUGGAGCGAGACCCUCACCCAGGCUCUCGCCCACCUUGAAGCCUAUAUUGACUUCAGUGAGGAUGACAACGUGGAGGAAGAGGUCUUGUCCCGAGUGGAUGCCACCGUGCGGGCGCUGGAGCAGGAAAUCGGUGCCCACCUGCGGGACGGGCGCCGUGGGGAGCUGCUCCGGGGGGGGGUCCACGCCGUCAUCGCCGGCCCCCCCAACGUGGGCAAGAGCAGCUUGCUCAACCUGCUGUGCCAGCGUCCGGCAGCCAUUGUGUCGCCAGUGGCGGGGACGACGCGGGACGUGGUGGAGGUGGCCCUGAACGUCGGCGGUUACCCCCUGGUGCUGAGCGACACGGCCGGGCUCCGCGAUGCCACCGACCCCGUCGAGCAGGAGGGGGUCAGCCGCGCGCGGGACCGGCUGCGGCAAGCGGACCUGGUGCUGGCUGUGCUGGACGCCGCGGCGGUGCCCCCCGAGCCGGCCGGGCUGGGGGCUGCCCUGGGGUCCCUGCUGCCCCCCGCCGCCACCCCCUGCAUCCUGGUCCUCAACAAGGCCGACCUGCUGCGGGGAGACGGAGGGGCCCUGCGCGAUGCCUGCGCCCAGGGGGACCCCCUGCCCCCCGCCGCCCUCCUCUCCUGCAAGACGGGCGAGGGGCUCGACCACCUCCUGGAGCUGCUGGCACGGCAGCUGGCACGGCUGUGCGGAGACCCCCUGGCAGGCUCGCCCAGCCUGACGCAGAGCCGGCACAGCCUUCACCUGGGCGACUGCGCGGCGGCGCUGGCACGCUACGACCGGGAGCGCCGGCGGGACCUGGGGUUGGCGGCCGAGCGGCUGCGGUUGGCCCGGCGGCACCUGGGCCGGAUCACCGGCCACGUGGGCGCCGAGGACGUCCUCGACAUCAUCUUCAGGGACUUCUGCGUCGGGAAGUGA